AUGGCCACCGGCGUCGGUCCCCUCGUCCCCAUCUUCAUCCUGUUUAGUACGAUUCCUCGCGGGCGAUGUCGUACCGGUGCCUCCUACCCAUCGUCUUCAGCAUCUAAUUCCAUAGCCGCGAGGCCUAUCAGUUCGCAUGAAUUUGGCGAUGUAGCCUAUCGCCUGCGGGUUGGAUAUCAGCGCGUCGUAGUCGGAAGUGUCGAAUUGAAUCCCACGUGCGGCGAUUGUAUCCAGCAUCUCUUCGCCCGCGUCGGUGUGCAGCGGACACUAUAG